UUUUUAUUGUGAAACCAAUGGAUGCUCUAUUCAGAAAAUUCCUUAGGCUACUAGAAUCAAACCCACCUGCAAACAGUCUCCUGCAUUGCUGUGUCUAACGGAAAUUUUCUGCCUUUCAGAUUCGUCUUCAGUAUACUUAUUCUGUAACGACAGUUCAGUAUCGUUACAUUAUUGUUGUCCAGCUUUUUUUACCAAGUAUACUAUCUAUGUAACCACAAUAUAAUGAUAUCGACACUGUUGUUAAAAAUUAUAAAAUCAGGGUACAAAUCUCCAGAGAUGUGCAAAUUACAUGGCACAGUUUCGGUGGGAAAAUAUUGGAGCAUCUUGUCUGUAGUUCAGAUUUGUCGCCGUGCGAUUUUCAUAUCUUUGGGGACUGAAGAAGAAUUUAAAAGUGCAAGAGCUUAAUUAUGGAUCCACAAAUUCAACAGAAGAUCUUACAAUUUGAGACCUUCAUAAAUGACGUGCUGAAAGCCGAUCUUGCAAAACUAGCCGAAAAGCUUGACACUAAACAUGCUGACGUCGCCGAAUUUUUACAAUUGAAAUCAGUGAUAACGACGUUUCAAAAUACAAACGUUGAAAAAACUGGUUUCAAGACCAAAGUUGAUAUUGGAAAUAAUUUCUUUAUUCAAGCACAUGUUCCAGAUGCUUCCAAGAUCUUAUUGGAUGUUGGUUUAGGACAUUAUAUUGAAUUCACUUUGAAUGAAGCUUUAAUCGUUAUAAAUAUACGGAUCACGUUACUUGAGCAACAAAUAGCGAAUUUACGGAAAGCGAUUGCAAGAACCAACGCUCAUAUUAAGUUAAUUCUUAUUGCUAUUAGAGAUUUGCAAGGAAUGAGAUAAAACAUUUGAAAUACUGUUGGGAC